AUGGAAAUUGAACCAUCUAUUGAACAAUGCUCACUUCAUCGAGUUAAAAGAAUUGUAAUUGAUUGUAUUAAAGAAGACACUACUGGAAAUACAAAAAAUAUUCAAACAUUUUGGUCAUUAUUAAAACAAACCCUUAUUGAACAAAGGCUUGUAUAUGAUGAUACAAAAGAGGUUAUAAGAACUUCUAAUGAAGAAAAACAAUUACGUGACCUACAAAUGAGAGCAGAAGAAAAUCGAAAAAAAAUUGAAGAAAUGGUUAUAUCUCUCACUAAAAAAAUUCAAAAUACUAAACAAAUAGAACAAAGAGUAGGAACAGAAGAAAUAACACAACAAGAUGCUAUGAUGUUAGAAGAAGCACUUGAAAUGGUUAAACAAAUGAAUGAAAUGAAUAAAAAAUCAUUAAAUGAAUUAAAAAAAAUAGAAACAAUAAAGGCAUUAGGUGAAAAAGUUCGAAGAGAUAGUUGUAGCUUAAUACCUAAAGAUAAUUUAAUGGAAAUAAAUUGA